GAAUUGCAGAAGAAUCGCAUCGUCAUUAUCGUCGCCCCUCAUCAUCAUCGUCGUCGUCGUUUUCCCGUCGCUCAUUAGCGGCGAAUUCGCGACACUCUGCCGCGACGAGACGCGCGUCUCUCUCUCACGCUGAUUUCAUUCGGCCGCGGUGACGUGCGAAUUCUCCGCGAUGUUACGAAUAACCGUGUUAUAAUCCGCGUAAUGCGGUAUAAUCGAUACGAAAGAGCGUAGUUUCCGACGAGAAACAACGGAUUCACAUGCGAGUUCCUCGCGGAAGAGGCGGCGGAUCCCCGUUGUCGACCGGUCAAAUAAACUGUCUCUGUGAUUGAACUCUGGUGUUUCUCUGCAUGUUUUUCCGUUACGAUGCACCGAAGCGUCGCUUCGGGUGAAACACAUCGGCGCUUCUCAAUCUGGAGACAUUAAUUACAGUAAUAGGCGCCGAUAGCUUCCGCAAAAAAGAGACUCGCGUCGGCCGACGGAGUCGAUGAUUUGUGCACGGUCCGCGGUUUACCGGAUUCGUCCUCCCCACUGGCUCUGGAGAGAACAUCUCGUCGAGAGGAGCAGCGGCUACGACGAGAUUAAUAGUGGUAGUGAUAGCGGCGAUACAGUGGUAGUAGUAGAAGACUCGCGCGCUGGAAGAGACCAUAUUCCUCUCGCGAGUUUCACCGACUUACUUAGGAGCGCGCGCAGAGAAAAGCAGCGUCAGUCGGCGCAGGACUGAUUUGCCGUGAGCGCAGGAGCGCGUUUCGUCGCCGUUCUCGUGAUCGCGCGCGAAAGUUCAUAUUGCCGUCGAGCGACGAGACGAGACGCGGCUGCUCUUUCACUAGAUCGAAAAUGGGAUACGACGUGUCCGCAUCCGAUCGGGACGCGAGUCUCACGCGGUAACCGAGAGGAAAAACGAGCGGAAGAGGGUGCGUUGAGGAUCGCGAACAGGACAAUUCUUCGAUCGCGAAGGAUUCCAAUUCGUUGCAUUUAACCCGGUGAAAGUGAUACACACAGCUGAUUGAAAGAGAUCGCAGCACGCACUUGACAUGAUGAAUUAAACUCAUGAAGAGCAGUUCAUCGGGUUAACUUCGGAUUACCCGAGUGAUUAUAAACCAAUUAAGAAUGAUCUAUACAGAUACAGUGCGAAGAUAGAAAAAUCGAUAGAUAGGGAAAUCGACCGAAAGAUAAGGAAAAUCGCGAGAUCGCUCGCACGUAUUGACAAUUUUCCGGUGUAAUUCGGCAGUCCAUAUAGUUGGACGCAUCGAUUCCACGAGUUUGGCGACCAACGCUCGCUAGCCUAUGGUUCUUGAGGAAAUUCUGCAUCUGUGCAACAGGAAGAACGCGAUCUUCGUUAUUCUGUGCGCCGCGGUGAUCUACGUGCACCUGCUCGGCGUGGACGAGGAAGUAAAGUGUCGUGGACGAGGAGUGCGGUGUCGUGAGGACGAGGAGGCAUCGAGGUUCCUGAUCGCGCUGCAACUAUGCGGAAGACGAUCUCCGUGCUCGCGCUGAUCGCAUUCGCGUGUGACUUCUUCUCGCACGACGUUCUGGUCCACGGCGAUCUCGCCGGAAAGCCGGAAGCUGCGGGACGAAGCGACGGUUAUGAACAUCAUCAGAAGGACCCGCACGGCCAGCUCGAUGAUGCUGAAGUGCCACGAAGAGCCGCGGAGGAUCGAGCGGACGAAAGAGGGUCAAAUGAGCCUGUAGGGAAAUGGAGGAGCAACGGUGAGGCACUCGAGCCCAAGUGGCGCGACGGUGACUCCGUCCCUCUGCUACCCUUCUCUCACUACCGGUCGUACUCGAGGGACGACGAAGUUGACGACGUCGAACAGGAGGACUUGCCUGAGGCGGCGCGUCGACCGUUCAAGUAUCGCUACACCGUCAACCAGAAUCGUCCCCAGGGCAGACGACUUCCGCUUCCGGAUGACGAUUACGAGCCGAUGUACCACGGUCGCGACUACAACCCUAAUGAGGACUACUCUCGCAUUAGACGUCGUCCGCCGAAGAACCCGCACGAUCCGACACUCUUUUACGAGGAGACGAUCAAGAACAUGGCGAGCAAUGAUGGGAAACGCGGCCGUAACAUCGUCGGCGACUUGUCUAAGGACGACGAGAAGGAAGUCACCUCAGCGAGGUACCGUGAGGCUUUCCAAGCUCGUCCGAACGAAUACGAACAAGAAUUCAACGACGAGGAGUACCUGAGACCUCGGCCAAGAAAGAGGCGGCCGCCGCAGAACUACGAGUUCGCUCUUGCGAACGAGGCGUCUUCCGAGGUGAACGAAGAGGCCACAGGUACUACGCGACCUCCAUCGCAGUUGAAGAACACUGAAGAUCAGCCGAUUACGCAACCGUCGGACAACGUACGUCGCUCGGAGAAUGCACUCCAGCUCAAGUCGCUGCUGAAGAUGCAGCAAGAAGAGGGUUCCAGCCUAUCGGAGAUCCUCCAGCGCAGGAAUCUGACUCUGAACGACCUGCUGAAGGGCAAGGUCGACGUGAUUAAUGCCCUGAAGUCGAGGAUCGGUGAGGAGUCCGACGAGUACAUCGAGGAAAUGUCGAGGGUGAUGUCCAACUCGCUGAUAAAAUUAGCCGCCACGGUGUCGCCGCCCUGGAGAUCCACACAGGCGUCCAUGUCGACGUCCGAAGCUACUAUGACGAAGUCUGCAACUUCAAGUAUCUCGAAUGACUCGGUAAUCAGAGUAACGGUUAUCACAGAUAACAUAUCGAUGAAGAAUUACGACGAAAUGUCUUUGAAUGAAACGAGGAGUCGUGCGACGGAAGAGGAAUCGCAGGGCGUUGAGAAGGUGACGCAACGUCAAUAUGCACACGACUCUUCGUGGCCGAAGGCAACCAUUCCUCCAAGCAUCUCAAUCACUACAUCAACGCCGUUGCCUACGAUUAACUCCAUGGAAUAUUACCUGAAUGACGACGGGAACGUGGAACCGACGAGUGAUCGUGGCACGAGGCUUGAGAACCUCGACGAGGAUGAGAUUAUGGAGUUCUCGGAUUUCACGGAUUUCAAGAAAGCGAAGAGCCCGAUGACACCAACCUGGCCGAGUUCGUCGAACGAGGAAAACGCAUCACAACAGUCGUCAGCGACAGGAGUCGGAAAAGCCCGCAAUGUUGAGUCCACCUUGAGUAUCGAGCAAAUCCUCAAUCCCACGGAGCAGCACAUCGAGUUGACGAAGGAUUGUGGCGAUCAAGACGACGACACUGACGACAAAGAGGUGAAUCGAGAUGCCGUUCAAACGAUUCCUAUGAGCGAGUCUUUCGCGGAGGACUAUAACGCGUUCCUCGAGGCAGAGUAUCAAAAUGACGCUGCGAUCGAUUUCGGUGAAAACGACGGCAGACGAAACACAGUGAAAGCUGAUGGUGAUGCGAACAAGAGCACUGCGAGUCCGGAACCGGAGAAGAAACAAGUCGUGAGUUCGACUAGUGAGAAGAGUGAGUCACAUGACAAAGACUACUCGAGCGAACGGCGUGCGAAUCAAUUGGAAAAGAGCGACGAUCGCAUGAUACAGAAUCACCAAGGCGCGAUCUCGAACAACAGGCGCUACGAGGAGGUCGUCUCUGAGAUCGAGCCGGAGGCACGAGCAGAGAUCUUCGAGCUGUUUGCUUCAGGAUCUGCUGGCAAGCGGCUGGAACGACUCCUCAAGUCGCGGAACAUGAGCAUAGAGGAACUGAUUGCGCUGCGUCAGCGAGGUUCCAGUAGAGUUCACCUAACGGAGGUGUCGCGAUUGCGAGUACCUAAACCGAAGAAUUUUCAGACCUCGAGCACCGACGACGGGGAGAUUGUCAUAUCGCUGUCGCCGACGAGCGGCCCCAACGAGCAGAGUCUCAGCCUUGCGGAAACCAUGAAGGAAAUAGACGCAAACAGGAAAAACGCGGAGGUUUCGACGAGUAGAAUAAAGCAGGACAUCGUGAGCUAUCUGCACGACCCACUCCUCGAUAAGGAUGCGGCAAAUACGUCGAUGUCGAGAUUGCUAGAUCUUGUGGAACGUGACAAGAAUGCGUCGAGGAAGGCAACGUUCGCGGGCGAGAAGCAGGCGAGGAAUAUCGAUGAAUACGGCAACCUGGAGGAUUCUCGUCGAACGGUGCAGAUUGUCGAUCUGUUAACCACCUUCGGUACCAUGCCCUUCACGAAGGAAAUACGACAGUUCAAGCCUGAAGUUGUUAGUGACGAAGAGCGUAUAUCGGAGGUGAGACCUACCACGAGCCACGAUCAUGCGAAUAUAGUACUGAUCAACAAGAAAGAAGAGAGAAUCGUCCGGUCGAACGACACUGCGAACGAAUUUCGCGCUGGAUACGUCGAGGAGAUUACAAGAGAGGAAAAUCCGGACACGGUUGACAUCAGGACUGUUUACGAUGAUGAGAUAGGUAAUAGUAUGAACGACAGGAGCGUCGUUGUUGGCGAGGAAAAGAAGACUCUAUCGAAGAUGAAGCCGAGCAUAAUCGCGAGCGGUGCGAUUCUAGGAGUGACGAUCGUUGUGUUCCUGGCGAUCUUCAUCGUCUGCCGGAUACGACAGAAGCAGAAGUAUACCUACCGAAACACCUUCUCGCGAGCAGUAUUUCAGGGCCCAAUGUUAGCUGCGAGAAAGCUCUCUAACUCCAGUAGUCUCAGCACUGUGAUGGUCAACGUCGUGGCUACGUCGACGACUAAGAGGCCGACAGAGCGGAUGGAGACACAGGAGGCCGCGGAGGAGUUCGAUGGCAUGGACAGGAGCGAUAUGGACAACGACUCGUUGGAUGCGAACGACAGUUGGGAGACGAUACCGGAUUACGCAAAGUGACACUUUGGUUCGAUACGUACUUGUAUCGAAUUUACGUGAUUUUAAAUCUAUGAUUAUAGGUACGUCAUGAAAUGCUGGCAGAACAAACUACUGCAUUCCCGAUGUAUAAAAGAGAUAGGCUAUAUUUAUUUAUAUAAAUAUAUAUAUGUGUAUGUUUAUAUUAUAAGCGCUGUAUUUUAUAUAAAAUUAUAAAUUUUAUACUCUUGAGAUAGUUUCGUGAUUGUCUAGUUUUAUUUGGACAAUUUAACGAUUUGU